CAAAACAGCUGUUUGCCUGUUUCACUUUCAGGCCAUUGUUUCCCACGAGGCACAAAAGAAAGAAGCUUAACAAAGACUUCGCUACCUCUUCUCUUUGGCUUCUUCUUCUCUUUUAUGCUCUUUGGUUUUAGCUUUUCUUUGGGGUUUCUUUAGUAGCUGAGAAUCUGAAGGAGAAUAAGUGGAUUUUCAAACCUCUUGUUCUUGGUCUUUGUGAUUAUAUACACACAGACACUCAAAUCUCUUGCUCUUUUCUCUUCUUGAGUUGCUUCAGCUUCUGCAAAAAUAGCAAUGGCGGAGUAUAUCUGUGUACUUAACAAGGAUACUCUAAUUAUAAAGCCUUCUAAGAAAUCUCCACUGUUCUUGAGGACAAUAGUGUUGUUGUUUACUAUGGUAUGUGGUGUUUAUAUCUGUACAAUCUGUAGGAAGCAAAUAAGUACUGUAACCAAGAUGAACAUCCAAGUCAUUGGGAGUCCAUCUCCAGAUACUACCAUUGCUGCACAACUAGAACCUCAAAUUCCUACCUUACAUUACCCUAAACCCGAAACCUUUAGUAGGGGUGAAUGUUCACAGAAUCCGGUGAGGUUCUUUGUCAUAUUGUCGAUGCAAAGGUCGGGAAGUGGAUGGUUUGAGACAUUGUUAAAUAGUCAUGUUAACGUUAGCUCAAAUGGGGAGAUAUUCUCUGUUAUGGAGAGGAGGAAAAAUAUUUCUACCAUUAUACAAACUUUGGAUAAGGUUUACAAUUUAGAUUGGCUCAAUAGCGCUUCCAAGAAUGAGUGCUCUGCCGCUGUUGGCUUCAAGUGGAUGCUAAAUCAGGGAUUGAUGGCAUACCAUGAAGAAAUCGUAGAAUACUUCAAACAACGGGGCGUUUCUGCCAUAUUUCUCUUCCGAAGGAAUUUACUUCGAAGGAUGGUUUCAGUGCUUGCCAAUUCAUAUGAUCGCCAUGCUAAGCUGUUGAAUGGAACCCACAAAUCUCAUGUUCAUUCACAUCAAGAGGCCGCUGUUCUUUCAAGUUACAAGCCGGUAAUCAAUUUUACAUCAUUAAUAAGUGAUCUGAAAGAAGUAGGAUCGGCUACUGUCAAGGCUUUAGAGUACUUCAUCAGCACUCGUCACAUGAUUUUGUACUACGAGGAUCUUGUCGUGAACCGAACAAAAUUAAAAGACGUUCAGGGGUUUCUAGGGAUUCCAGAGAUGGAAUUAACAAGUCGCCAGGUUAAGAUACAUGAAGGUCCGUUAUCGGGUUUUGUGAAGAACUGGGAUGAUGUGAACAGAACAUUAAGUGGAACAGAGUAUGAAAGUUUCCUUCGUGCCGACUACUAAGAAAAAUGAAUGGUGUGGAUACCAUCUUCAGCUAAUUUUUAUUUCAGAAGCUAACCAGACAGACGUUCACCCUGUUUGAUGGCCGCCAUGAACGGAGGCAUGGUGUUUCAAGUUUCGACAUGCUGACGAGUCAGGUGAUUGAGCACUGUAACAUUUAUUUUGUUGAUUUGAAUUUUGUUUGAUGAUAUAGACAGCUUUGUAUAUGUGAGCUUAUAAAGAGGAAAAGGGUCCCUUAAAUAGACAACUUGUAUAUGUGAGCUUAUGAUGAAGAAAAAGGUGAAUCAAUCCUUCACCCUUACGAUAAAGGAGAUUGGCUGGAUGGGUUUGCCAGAGCAGUAGGAAUAUGCACAAUAUUGGAAGCCGAACUAUGGGGAGUACUAGAAGGGUUAGUGCAUGCAUGGAACAUUGGAGCAAGGAAGGUUAUUAUCGAAUUUGACAGCAUGGAAACAUUCAUAGCUUUAUCACAAGGAAAACGAAGGCAAACAAACCCUCUGAUUUUACAAAAUAUUCAAGACUGGGUUAACAAAGAACGGUAAAUCUCAUUUAAGCAGGUGGGACGAAAGGUCAAUCGAUUGGCCGGUGUAACAAAACUGGUUCAACUGGAAGGUCAUUCCAAGUGGCUUCGGUAGCAGUACAAGCUCUGAGGAUAUAUUAGGAGCUCUUAUACAUGAGGAUAUAUUAGGAUUAGAAAGUGAGAUUGUUAGUAAAAUUAAUUAGGUAGUCAUUUCGCGUUUAUUCAUAAAAAAAGAGUGGUUUUAAA